AUGCCAAUCAAGGCCGAGGUAUACCAGCAUAUCUCAUAUAUUGAUCGCAACGAGCAGCUUUGCAAGAUCUUUAUCGGUGGUAUAACGUUGAACACUACAGACGAUGAUCUGAAAGAGUUCUACUCCCAGUGGGGCGAAAUCACUGACGUGGUGGUUAUGCGUGACCCGUCUACGAACCGUUCCCGAGGUUUCGGUUUCGUCACCUACGCUGAUCCUGAAAUGGUCAAUGCGGCGAUGGGCGCCCGCCCCCAUGUCAUUGACGGCAAGGAAGUGGAACCUAAGCGCGCCAUGCCCAAGGAUGUUAUGAACAGACCCGAGGCGCAUCUUUCCGUGAAAAAAUUGUAUGUCAGCGGCAUCAAGGAUGACCACACGGAGGAAAUGCUUAGAGACUAUUUCGCAUCGUUCGGAAACAUACUUGAAAUCGAAAUCAAAUUGGACCAAGUCACUGGCAAGAAACGAGGAUUUGCAUUUGUGACGUUUGACGACUAUGAUCCAGUGGACCGAAUUGUUUUGGAAAGAUCUCACAUGAUUAACGGUAAACGAUGCGACGUUAAAAAGGCUCUCAGCAAAGAAGAAAUGAGAAAGAUGCAACAACAAGACAUGGAUCGUCAGCAUCGCGACAGCCGUUCACGCGGAAUGAUGCGUGGUGGGUUGGAUUCGGACAUGAUGAUGCCUUAUGGUGGUGGAAUGGCUUGGGGCCCUUCAGGCAUGGGCGGCGACUAUGACCAAGACUACGACGACUACCGAGGCGGCGGUUGGAACCAAGGUGGUGGUUCAUACUAUAAUCGGGGUGGAAGCCCAUGGAACCAAGGUAGUAGUAAAUGCAAGCUGGCAACUUAACA